AAGCACAAUUUUAACUUUUAAGGGGAAUCAACCCUAUACAAUGAAACUCCACUUAUCUACAAUUUAUUUAUCUGAAUUAUGGUCAAGAGUCAAAUUGAAUUAGAUGCACUUGAACUACUAUUAUACAAACCACCAAAUAUUAAUAGCAAAAGUUACUGAACUCUUAUUAUCUGAGCAUCCAGUAAUACAAACUGUAUUGUCCCUCGACCAGUUAAGAUAAAUGGAGUUUUACCAUAGUUCAGCUUAGUUGCUAUAACUCUCCAGACAUACCCUACAUCUAACCACAUCAGAAGUGGCAUUUCCCUUUAAAUCAUCAACAUUCGUUAACUGUUACCUGAAGAUAAAAUAUUAAUCCUUAAAAGUUGAUGAUAAAAAUGUUAUACUUCAUCAUUGCUGAGACAGAAAAUGGAGAAAGUUUUGCAACAAACGGUAAUAGAAGCAACACAUUGUGUCGAGAAACAAUUGGAUGCUGAAAUAGAAAAAUUGGAUAAUUUAGAUAUCAGUGAUAUCGAAAAAUUACGCGAACAACGUUUGAAGAAAUUAAAAUUACUUCAACAACAGAAACAAAACUGGCUGUCUUUGGGUCAUGGGGAAUAUACAGAACUGCAGAAUGAAAAAGAAUUUUUUGAAGUAUCGAAAAAGUCUGAAAAUAUUGUUUGUUUAUUUUAUAAAGAUGAUUCACCAAGAUGUAAAAUAGUAGAUCAUCAUUUUAAGAUUCUUGCAAAAAAGCAUAUAGAAGCAAAAUUUUGUAAAUUGAAUGUAAUGCAAUGUCCAUUUUUAACUGAACGCCUAAAGAUUAAAAUUAUUCCUACAAUAGCUAUUAUUGUAAAUGGGAAAACUAAAGAUUAUAUUGUGGGAUUCACUGAUUUAGGAAAUUGUGAUGAUUUUUCAACAGAAACAUUGGAAUAUAGAAUUUCACUAGCAGGUGCAAUUACAUAUGAAGACAAUCAUCCUUCAGAACAUAACAAAAAACAAUGGUUAUCAUAUGCUCCAAAAUCUAAAACCAUUAAAGGACCUGCUUCAAACUCAGAUGAUUCUGAUGAUGACUAAUGAAUCAGAAAAAUUCACAGUAUUGCUUUCUGUACUUGUUAAAUUAUUCUGUGUUGUUCAUAAUCUGCAUUUUUAAUUGUGUAAGAAUUAAAUAAUGAAAAUUUAUAGUCAUCAAAUGAAUAAUGGUAAACAAUUUACCAAUGAUAUUGUAAAAUUACUGUAUUUCACA